UUCAGUUCGAUUUUAGCAUAUGCAAAAGAAUGUGGUAUAUUGCAAGUAUUUUUAGUUUUUUUGUACUUACGUCAUGCGAAGGACAAAAUCCUGUGGUUUCUAUACGACAAGGGACUGUUAUUGGAAAUUAUGUGCAAGAUGAUAAUUAUUUUGAGUUUCAUGGAAUUCCCUACGCCGGUUCUACAUCAGGCAUCCAUAGAUUCAAGGCACCUUCACCACCACCCAUAUUUGAAGAACCCUUUGUGGCUAAUCGGACAGACAUAAAAUGUGUCAGACCUCUAGGCGUAGGAUACGAAGGAAUAGAAGAUUGCUUAGUGGCUAAUAUUUUUACUCCUACUCUCGACAACAAUCGAAAUCUACCUGUAAUGGUUUGGGUGAAAGGAAAAGAGUUUGAUAAAGUGUAUGAGCCUGAACUGUCUUUUCGAAACUUCAUGACGAAGGACGUUGUAGUAGUUUCACUUAAUUUUCGUGAAUCAAUAUUGGGUUUUCUUUGUCUUGGAACUGAAACAGCCCCUGGAAAUGCAGGCCUUAAAGAUAUUGUAGCAGGAUUGCGGUGGGUACAAGAAAACAUUGUUCAAUUUGGAGGAAACCCUAAUGAUAUUACUUUGUUUGGACAUGGAAGUGGUGGUGCAGCUGUAGAUUUAAUCACUUUAUCCCCAUUAGCAAAAGGGUUAGUACACAAAGCAAUUUCUCAAAGUGGCAACGCACUUGCUCCAUGGGCAGUAUCUCGAGACAAUUUAAAUUACGCAAAAAUUGUAUCCGAAGCUCUUGGACAUAAUUUGGAUAGUACAGAAACACUAUCUGAAGUAUUCACUAAAAUCAAUAUUGGCGCUUUAAUGAGCGUUAUUAAUGAGCUUGAUCUUACUGAUAAUUCAUUGGCAUUUGCUCCCUGUAUAGAAAACAAAGAGAUAAACGGAGUUGAUCCCUUUUUUAUCAAAUCACCGUAUGAAAUUGUUACUGAAGGUGAUUAUUGGCCAAUACCAUUUAUGAUUGGUUUUGUGGAUAAUGAAGGAACAAUUAGAAGUGAAGAAUUGAUAGAGUUCGAUUGGUAUGAUAAAAUGCUAACUUCAUUUCCUGAUUUUAUACAAUCUGAUUUAAAUUUCGAUUCAUUGGAACAGAAAACAGAAGUGAGUGAGCAGAUUAAAAACUUUUAUUUUCAAGGAAAAUCUGCUACUGAUAUUGAUAGAUAUCUUAGUUAUCACGGCGAUACUAUGAUAUUAGUGCCUACUAUAAGAGAAGCACGUCUACGAUCAGUUACUUCUUCUGCACCUGUCUACUUAUAUCAGUUCUCUUACAAAGGAUUAUUGGGCGAAACUUUUGUAGGUCCGUUGACAGAUUUUGUAAAGAGUGCAGCGCAUAGUGUAGAAUUAGCUUUUUUGUUUUAUGAUAAACAUGAUGAAGAUGGAGUGCCUGUGUUAGAUCUAACAAUUGGAGAUAUUUUAAUAGAACGAUGGACGAAUUUUGCUAAAAGUGGAAUACCAGGUAGUGAAACUUCUAAUAUACUUUGGGAGCCAUUUACUAUGGAAGAACAAAAGUACUUAAGAAUUCUUGACAAGAAUGAAGUUGAUUAUGGAGGAGAAAUAAUGUUAGAAAUACCUUUAACAAAUCCUCAUGGGGAAACUAUGGCUUUAUGGGAUGAAAUUUACGAAGAACAUUUCUUGGAUGCCAAAGGUAGAUGGAAUUUAGGCGAAAGGAGUAAAAAAUAUAAAGCAAUAGAUUACGACAACAAAUAUGAAAAUGAUGAUAUUGAAAACAAAGAUGUAGAUAAAGGUAACAAAGAAGACAAUGAAAAUAAGAACGAGGAUGAAAUUGAAAAUGAAGAUAAUAAUGAUAACGUGGAUGAAAAUAAAGACGAAGAUGAGGAUGAAGACGAAGAUGAAGACCAGGACGAAGACGAAGAUGAAGACCAGGACGAAGACGAAGAUGAGGAUGAAGAUGAGGACGAGGACGAAGACGAGGAUGGAGAUGAGGACGAGAACGAGGAUGGAGACGAGGACGAAAACGAUGAUGAAGAUGAGAACGAGGAUGGAGAUAAAGACGAAGACGAGGACGAAGACGGAGACGAGGAUGGAGAUGAGGACGAAGACGAGGACGAAGAUGGAGAUGAGGACGAAAACGAGGAUGGAGACGAAGAUGAAGACGAGAACGAAGACGGAGACGGGGAUGGUGAUGAGGACGAGGACGAAGACGAAGAUGGAGACGAGGAUGGAGAUGAGGACGAGGAUGAAGACGAGGAUGGAGAUGGGGACGAGGACGAAGACGAGGAUGGAGAUGAGGACGAGGACGAGGACGAGAAUGGAGAUGAGAACGAAGGCGAGGAUGGAGACGAAGAUGAAGAUGAGGACGAAGACGGAGAUGAAGACCAGGACGAAGACGAAGAUGAAGACCAGGACGAAGACGAAGAUGAGGAUGAAGAUGAGGACGAGGACGAAGACGAGGAUGGAGAUGAGGACGAGGACGAGGAUGGAGACGAGGACGAAGACGAAGAUGGAGACGAGGAUGGAGAUGAGGACGAGGAUGGAGAUGAGGACGAGGACGAAGAUGAGGAUGGAGGUGAAGACGAGGACGAGGACGAGAAUGGAGAUGAGGACGAAGACGAGGAUGGAGACGAAGAUGAAGACGAGAACGAAGACGGAGACGGGGAUGGUGAUGAGGACGAGGACGAAGACGAAGGUGGAGACGAGGAUGGAGAUGAGGACGAGGAUGAAGAUGAGGAUGGAGAUGAAGACGAGGACGAGGACGAGAAUGGAGAUGAGGACGAAGGCGAGGAUGGAGACGAAGAUGAAGACGAGGAUGAAGAUGGAGACGGGGAUGGAGAUGGGGAUGGAGAUGAGGAUGAGGAUGAAGACGAGGAUGGAGAUGAGGACGAGGACGAAGAUGAGGACGAAGACGAGGAUGGAGACGAAGAUGAAGACGAGGAUGAAGAUGGAGACGGGGAUGGUGAUGAGGACGAGGACGAAGACGAAGAUGGAGACGAGGAUGGAGAUGAGGACGAGGAUGAAGACGAGGAUGGAGAUGAAGACGAGGACGAGGACGAGAAUGGAGAUGAGGACGAAGGCGAGGAUGGAGACGAAGAUGAAGAUGAGGACGAAGACGGAGACGGGGAUGGAGAUGAGGACGAGGAUGAAGACGAGGAUGGAGAUGAAGACGAGGACGAAGACGAAGAUGGAGAUGAGGAUGAAGAAGAGGGUGGAGACGAGGAUGAGGACGAAGACGAAAACGGAGAUGAAGACGAGGACGAAGACGAGGGUGGAGAUGAGGACGAUGACGAAGAUGAGGGUGGAGAUGAGGAUGAGGACGAAGACGAGGACAAAGACGAGGACGAAGACGAGGAUGGAGAUGAAGACGAGGAUGAGGACGAAGAUGAAAAUGAAGAUGAUAACGGUUUCGGUUACGGAAAUGGUGAAGAUGAGAACGGAAACAGUGACAGUAACGAAGAUGGGGACGGCGACGGAGACGGAGAUGAGGAUAGUGAAGAGAACGGAGAUGGGGAUGGGGACGGAGACGGAGAUAAGGACAGUGAUGAGAAUGAUGAUGGGGAUGAGGAUGAGGAUGACGGGGGUUCCGAUUCGGCAUCAACUGCUAUCGGAUAUACAUUCACUAUAAUAUCCAUAUUUGUAUUUUUAAAUCAAUUCCAUUUAUCUCAAGUACUUUCGUAGAAAAUACUAAGCACCUUAAUGUAAAUACGAGUGUAGAAUACUAGAGGCUUUCUAUUAAACCGUCUACAAAAAAUACAGUCUUGUACAAAUUUUAUGAUUAAAUUUGUUACAAAGACUUCAUUGCUAUAGAUGUAUUAUUAUUUAAUAUCUAUGCAAUAAAGUAGAGAUAGAUAGACUUGAUUGUUAUAUAAGUAUUUGAAGUAUUUGUAGUGAAAUAAACCACUAAUCUCGAGUACUUUCGUAGAAAAUAUUUUGCAGAUUAUUAAAAAUGUAUAAAGAAACAAAUUAUGAUUGGCCCACUUUAUUUUGCAUAAUAUUUGAACAUGUUAAUUAUCUUGUAUAAAUUUUAGAAUGAAAUUUAUUACAAAGAUGUAAUUAAUAUAGAAUUAAUAUUAUAAAAUAGAUUUGGAUAAGAAGUAAACAAUGUUAAUUAUUUAUAUUUUUGUAGAAUAAAUUUAUAAUUGUAUAUCCUUUGAUAUGGUAUUUCUAUAUCAAUAUAAAAUAUAACUUAUAGAAAGAUUAAAUUAUAUAUGAUCUAAGUGAAUAUGAGGUAAUAGCCGAACUCUUUUUAACUAAACGGAAAAGAGACUGCAUUAAUUUGUGGGGGAGGAAAUAAAAUAAUUCUAGAAAUAUAAAAGUUUAUUCACAGUUACAAAUGUAAUGUUACAAAUUAAAUUAUUACAUUCAUUAUAUACAGUAACAUAACAACAUUUGAAACUAAUGUUUGCUAAUGCUAACUGAAAUUUAUUUUUUUUAAGUUAUAUUUUGAAAUACUUUUAUUUCAUUUAUUAAGUAAUUUAUAGUACCUCUCUAAUUUUCAUUCACACUAAUACGACCGAGCGAGUUCUCACUUAUUAUUCAAACUUUUCAUUAGAAUUAUACUACACACUAAUACUCUUCACUAUACAUUCAUCUUCUUAUUCAUAGAAACUAAAAUGUCUUAUAAUCUUUGAAACUAUGGUAAACGGUGUUGGCGGCAAAUUUACUCAAUGUUUUCUUUGAUUAAUGUUAUACAUAUAUUAAUCUUUAUUUUAACACAAUACAGUGUUUUGUCACUUUCAAUCAAAAUGGGAAUUUAGCACAAAAAAAGGAACAAAAUAGUUUAAUAGCCAAAAUAAGUUUAUGAGAUGUUUGAAUUUGUUAUGAAUAAGGAGGUCAGUCCAUAAAAUAACAAAUAUCUUGUACUUAAACACAUUGACUCCUAGAAAGUUUAAAGAAACUGUCGAAGAGUUUUUUCAAUGUCAUGUUGGGAAUAAAAGUAAAUAAAACUGUUAAACAAUUUUCAUAAUUUGUCAUCAUGUUAGAAAUUGUUUGCGUGUUAUUUUUUUUUUAGAAUCAGUAGGUAUUAGACAAUAACGUAUUAAAAUCAUUUGAAUUUGAUUUUUAUUUAUAAUUAAACUUAAUCAAUAGUGAAUAUAUAUAUUUUAGGAAAAACAUUCAAACUGUUUAUAGUAAAAAUCGAUUUCAUAAUGUGGCUAAAUGAUUUUUUUGCAAUUUGUUUAUGGCACAACUUAUAAUAAUUUGAUAAUAAGUAAGAUGUUGGAAUAUGAUUUCGAUAUUUUAUAUUUUUAUUUCAGAUUAAUUAUAAUAAAUAGCUAAAUAUAUAUAUUUUUUUUAUUUUAUUGGUACGAGUACCAUUACUUACAUCAAUUACUUUGCUGUUUAUAAGUAAUUAAAAAUUAAAUAGGAAUAUAAAUUCAUCCCUGUAUCUAGCUAGCUACGUGCUGGUGGAUAAAAGGUCAGGGGUUUGCAACUCUUGUUGACGGUCAUAGGGUCAGUUGAUUGUCAAACUUUUUUAUGUAAAAUGCACUAUAUAUUUAUAAGUAUAGGUAAAUAUAGACAUAAUGUCACGCAGAUAUUUAGAUGCACUUUAUUUUUUGUGUUUAGUGACCUUAUUACCUGUUUUACAGUAAUUAAUUCAUUAGAUAUAUGUUGACUUACAACACAAAGUAUGUAGUUAUGAAAAAGAGAUGAAUUGACUAAAAUUCAACGUUUCGCUGACUGAUACACUCAUAGCAUAAUUCAGCUGAGUCAUUCCUUUCAGUUUAAAAUAAUUUACCUAUAAUUAAAAAUACAGACUUGUUAAAGUGUUUGUAUAAAUAUGUAGUGAAUCAAAGCAAACAGGAAUGACAACCAUGACCGGUAACAUUUGCGUCACAGUAUAUUCUGUAGGCUUGUUUGCCAUUCUCAAGUUGUAUAAAAAAGUUGUUGUUUUCUAGUAAUAAACACGUGCGGUAAUUAUUAUUACCUUAACUACUGUAGGAAAGAGGAAAUAUUUGAAUUUUAUUUUGUUUGUUUGUAAUGGAUAAACUCGAAAAUAAUUAAGUAAUUUUAAAAAUUCUUUAAAAUGCCAAUCCCCCUGUCUGGCAACUACUG